AUGAUUUUUCAUUGGCAAUCACCUAUUCCAGUGCCAUCAAUCGACAAGAUGUUGACCAUAAGUGAUGUGUAUCUUGCUGGGACAGUUAUGCUGAUAUUUGCAGUGGGUUUGUACGGAUUAUUCAUCAAUAACGCACCAGAUAGUAUAGCACCAGAGGAUGAUCGUGCUAUAAAGGGUUCUUCCCUAUUUGGGAUGUUUGCUUUGAGAGAGCGACCUAAAUGGAUGAAGAUAAGUUCGCUUGGUGAAUUGAAGACAAAAGUUGCUACUCCAUUUAGUGGAUUCGUGGGAAGGAUCCAUCAAGAGUUGUACACUAUGAAUAUUGGGAAGCAAUCGAUAGCACAUUUGGUUUGCAAGGAGGGUUUACUUGGGAUUGGGUUGACUAGGGGUUCCUCAAGGAAAAUGCAAAUGGUAGCAAAUACUGGGCAUAUGGAGGUGACUUUGGAGAUACACUAA